CAAGCGGCUCCAACAUGUUCACAGCUCCUCAGAAUUCAUAAUCUCCUCCGAUCGUAAAAUCCCCAAACUAAACCUUGAUUUGAUUUUCUAGGGUUUAAGAAUCCGUCCAUCCCCGGAUCGCAUCGAAGAAGGAAAAGCCUCUUCGCAAUCACACAAUGGUUCUUUUACAGCCUGAUCCAUUUCUUAACGAACUCACUAGCAUGUUUGAGAAAAGCACCGAGAAGGGUUCCGUCUGGGUUACCUUCAAACGAUCAUCCAUGAAGUCUAAGGUGCAGAGGAAUAAAAUGAAAACUGCCGGUGAGGAAAUUGAUUACCGAUGCCUUAUUCGUGCAACACUUGGGAAUAAGACAAUUUCUACUUCGGUUGGGCCAAAGGAACACCAGCGGUUUCAAUCCUCUUAUGCAACCAUCCUAAAGGCUCAUAUGACGGCUUUAAAGAAGCGGGAGAGGAAGGAAAAGAAGAAGGCUGCAGAAUCAGAUAAGAAAGGAGGUGCAAAGAAGCCGAAGAGAGUGUGACAGAGUCCCUUUCUGUACAGCCCUGCGAAACUGGAAUUAAGUUUGUGUUAAUGUUUCCAUUUCAACUUUGGUCGAGGAUUUAGAAUCAGAAAAAAGGAAAAAGAGAAUUUCCCAAUUUUAUGGGCUUAUAGGACUUGAGCACAAAUUGUUUUUUUUUCUUUUGUUGAGAUUGAGGAUGAGAUACUAAAUUCUGCUGGAUAUGUCCUCAUGAUUUUGGAUGAAUCAACAGGGAGUUCUUUUGCAGAUA